AUGAAACGAUUCCUGUUCGGAAGCUUUAUUCUUUGGGCAGGCCUCUGCGGGCUUGCAGCAAUUGAUGAGGCAGAGGCGCAGUGGGGAAUCUCACGAAAUGGGCGUUGGGGAGCGCAUCGGGCCUCUGGAGGGGGGGCCACGUUUUCCGCGUCCCGUGGAACCGGCGCCCCAAGCGUGGUGGCUGAUAGUGGGACCUCGAGCUCGAGAGACCUUUCUCCACCAGUGGCACUACCUUCCUCAGCGGCAGCAUCGGGAGGAACAACCUUCUCCCCCUAUGCUGCCCGGGUGGCUGCUGCCGCGGGCCCAGGUCCCGUCACGCCGUUCGCUUCUCCUGCGAAUUCUGCCACACCGCCUCCGUUGACGCAGUACUCACCUAGACAAGGACCAGUGACAUAUCCAACCACUUCGGAGCCUUUUCCUUCAACAAGAACAUCGACAACCUUCAGUCCAGCAUCUCCAGCCUGGGCUCCACGACCGGCCCAGGCGAAUACCUCAGGCAGUUCAGGGCUAUCCAAUUUCAUUGAAGGUACGACACGUCCUGCUUGGAAUCCGACGUCCGUGAGUCCGUCGCUGCCAGUUAAUCGUGGCUCGGAGGCUUUCUUGAGUAGGCAACCUCAGAGUCUAACGAAUUACUCGACACGUAUAGCUCCAGCCAAUGCAUCGAGGUCAAAUGGACCUGCCAGUGUCGCCUCCAGCGGUGACUCGAGCAUACCAGCCUCACUUGGAACGUCUGACAGUCAUGAGCUUCUCCCUGUAACGCGUCUUGACUUCACGGAGACACGGUUAAGCUCAACUCGAGGUAUAAAUGGAAUGAAUACCUGGGGAACUUCACCGGUGGCCGCUGCGAGCGAUACCGGUGUGCCUUGGACUGGCAUGUCGCUGUCAGAGAGAACCGACGAGAACUGGAGCACUGCAACGGCCGCAGGUCCAAGGACCUCGGUGCCAAAUAGCAUGAGUGGUGCCAGAACACAGUCACUGGUCGGCGGCGCAGCAGCAGUCAAUUUUCGCAGUGAGGGCUUCCAACAGGCUUCAUCCGACACUAACGUGUCCCGAAGCUGGACAACUAGCACUGCAGAAACAUCAAACCCUGCUGGUCAAGAGGGCGGAGACUGGACCAUGCGCUCCAGCAGAGCGGCUUGGAGCAACACGAAUGAGAGUAUUCCCACACAAUCGCCUAACUCAAGUAGAGGUACCACUGGCCGUAAUGUGUGGGCUUCUGCAAACGGAAGUGAAGGACAGGCAACUGCAUAUGAACUGUCGACACAUACACCUUUCCGCAGUGGGGACACACCAAGCUGGACAAGCAGUACACCGGUACAAAGUGCAUCUGACAACAUAGAGCAGCGGCCAUGGGAGACUACGGAAUCAGCGGCAUUUCCCUCCGCAAACGCUAGCGAAGGAAGUCACAGGUCGGCAGACCAUGGCUCCACCAGUUCAGUCAGGAACAGUGACGCAAACAGGCCGACAGAAUCGUCAUUUUAUGCAUCUAACGUACCACGAAACAACGCUUCUUCAUGGGAUGCCGCGACACCAGUUGGGAGGGCCACCGACGCAUCAACCAGCGACUCGGAUCGCUUGCCCGGGGCGGACACCAGCAACACGGCCUCACUUUUACCAAACACGAACUCAAGAAGAAACUAUGGCCAACUGCCACCUUUGGAUGGUCCAUUGAUGCAACCAAUUCCAUUUUCCACAGGCAGUACUGGAAACCUCGACACCUCGGGUGGCUUCAGAUCCGGCGAUUCGAGUGUGUUUUCCAGUCGAGAAGAGACGGUCAAUUCAAGAGACUCUCGCAUACAUCAGCUUCCUUCGCCGGUCGAUAGGCCGACUUACGUCUCCGACCACUCACCUCCUGCUACUCUGGGUUUACCCUUCGCCCUGCCGAUGACCGUCGAAAGUGGUACAGGAUCGUUUCCUGGACAGUCGAGUUUGUCGGCGAACGCAACAGGAGCUCGUUACGACAGCUCAGUAGAGAGCCGAGGUACAGAGAUAACUCCAGAUUCGCCGCCUGCUGCUGCGUCUGUCUACCAACCUAGCAACGCUACGACGCCGGUUCCCAGUCAUCGUUCCGGGUCUCAAGCAAGGGGUGCCGAAGCAAAUGACGGCGAAUUCUCAUAUUCUUUUUCCUCGCGGCAAGCAAUGGUUGAUCAUAUCGAGCCUUCUCAGGGCCUCCUACCCUUCAGCGGAAGUGAAGAAGAACGAGACACGAUGAAACGUGAACCACAAGAGACGUUUCGCAUGAACUACUGUGACGACGGAUCCUCCCAGUGCGGGGAGAGGUCAGGGAUGAUCCCCCCACCCACCGACCGAAACGUGACAACAGUACUGUCGGAACUCCCAGGCUCCACUUUUUUGAGAUCCAAUCCGAUUUCACAAACAGAUGAUGACGAAGUGGGGCUCCAUAGAGUUGGGUACAUUCCGCCUUCUGCCUUUAACGGAAAUGAAACGGGUGCAGGUGGAAGUAGAGCAGAACCUGGAGGUCGGAAUUUCGGGCAGCAGCCGCGAGAUCCAGGUGAACUCCUUUAUGGAGGGUUGAACGACUACUUGAAAGACGCAGAAGAUCCCUACGCUGGCUACCUAGGUGCUCUGUCUAGAGCGCCCUACCAGGAGAAAUCCCCUGAUGUGUCUGCUACGACGACCUCUCCUCCGUACACGUAUCCAGCCACAUACAAUCCUUACAGUGACAACAUAGAUGUCGAUCAGAUACCUGACAGCCCGUAUCAUAACUACGCGUACGCAGAGGACCCUUUUCCGAGUCCUUAUAGCACUCAUUCUCGUCUAGAGAAUUACGGGGCCGAGUUUAACAAUAGGUAUUACCAUGAGCGUCGGAUCGCCCCCAAUAUCUCGUGGGGAGACUAUACGCAGAGAAAAAAGGCAUUAGAAGAGGCUCGCAAACGAGAAGAGCAGCUGUUGCAAGAAGGGCGCAUUGGAGUGCUGGAAGCCUCAGAAACGUCCUUCCAAGGCCUGAUUGGGUAUCCUUCAGGACCACAUCCGACCAACACGUAG